AUGCCUAGACGUAGUAGUGCUCGCUCCUCUGGACCCCGUCGGUCCCCCUCACCCAGUAGUGGAGGUGGUUGGUUCAACCGUAGACCCGCCGCUCCUCCACAGCCCCGCCGUGCUGCAGCCCCUCCAGCCCCCCAUCACGCCCCUCCGCCUGCCCAGGGAGGCGGGGGCGGUAUGAUGGGAGGUAUUGCUGGGUCCAUGAUGUCUGGUAUGGCCACUGGUGCUGGCUUCUCUAUGGCCAAUAGAGCCGUCGAUGCCGUGAUUGGCCCCCGGCAAACUGAAGUCGUUCAUAGACACGAGGGCGAUCCAAUUCCCCCUCCACCACCACAACAACAACAGCAGGUCAGCCAGAACUCUAGUAAUGUCUGCCAAGUACAGCAGGACCAGCUCACCCAGUGCAUGGACCAAGCAGUAGAGGCGUCCCAUUGCCAAGUGGUCAAGGGCUCUCUCUGCCAGACUGGCGACCCUGACCCCUUCAUGACGGCCAUCGGGGGGAGCACGACUGCUCGAGGCGGCGAGAGCAUCUAUGGCGCGCCCUUCCGAGACGAGAUUUGCUCGCAUCUAUCCCAUGAUAGAAAAGGCGUCGUCUCGAUGGCCAACACUGGCUUCAAUACGAACUGCAGUCAGUUCUUCAUAACACUCAAUAGACAGGACCACCUCGAUGGCCGACAUACUAUAUUCGGCAGCGUCCUGUCUGACAUCGAAGCGGUUAAGUGCCGAAAGGAAUGCCCAUGCAAGCCUGUGAAGAUCUUCACCGCCACCAUAGACGUCGACCCAUGGGAAGACCAGCCCUUACCUGCAGGUUGCAAGAUACCGGACCGUCCCCUCAUCGCGAGAGAUGUGCCCCCGAGAGACUGCAUGCUCAUGUGA